GGGGAACCUUUCCUGCAGGGCACCAGAGGCCGGGUGGCUGUGACUUCUUGUCUCUCUGGAAAAUUCAAUUGAAAAAAUUAUAUAAUUGUGUUUUUUUCGGUGGGGGGGAGAUGUCGGCUUUUACGGACGAAUAUGCGACGGAGUACGAUCCAUAUGCCUACAAUGCCGAUUAUGACCUUCACACUGGUGACCCCAAACAGGACCUUGCUUACGAGCGGCAGUAUGAACAGCAAACUUAUCACGUGAUCCCGGAAGUAAUCAAAAACUUCAUCCAGUACUUCCACAAAACUGUUACUGACCUGAUCGACCAGAAGGUCUACGAGUUACAGUCUAAUCGUGUGUCCAGCGAUGUGAUUGAACAGAAGCUUUAUGAAAUUCAGGAUAUCUAUGAAAACAGCUGGAACAAAUUGACAGAAAGGUUCUUCAAAAACUCCCCUUGGCCUGAGGCAGAAGCUAUUGCAUCCAUAUGUCGAAAUGAUGCUGUUUUUAUUAUUCUAUACAAGGAGCUCUACUACAGACACAUUUACGCUAAAGUCAGCGGAGGGCCUACGUUGGAGCAGAGGUUUGAAUCGUACUACAAUUACUGCAAUCUGUUCAACUACAUUCUGAAUGCAGACGGCCCAGUCCCUCUGGAGCUCCCGAACCAGUGGCUGUGGGACAUCAUUGACGAGUUCAUUUACCAGUUCCAGUCUUUUAGUCAGUACCGCUGCAAAACAGCCAAGAAGACGGAAGAGGAAAUUGAAUUCCUGCGGUCAAAUCCCAAAAUCUGGAACGUUCACAGUGUCCUCAAUGUCCUGCACUCCUUGGUCGACAAAUCCAACAUCAACCGGCAAUUAGAGGUCUACACCAGUGGAGGAGAUCCUGAGAGUGUUGCUGGGGAGUAUGGACGUCAUUCCCUAUACAAAAUGCUGGGAUACUUCAGCUUGGUUGGACUCCUGCGUCUCCACUCACUGCUCGGCGAUUACUACCAGGCCAUCAAAGUGCUCGAGAACAUUGAACUCAAUAAAAAGAGUAUGUACUCCCGAGUGCCAGAGUGUCAGGUUACAACUUAUUACUAUGUGGGUUUCGCCUACCUGAUGAUGCGCCGUUACCAGGAUUCUAUCCGUGUGUUUGCCAACAUAUUGCUGUACAUUCAGAGAACCAAGAACAUGUUUCAGCGGUCGACCUAUAAAUAUGAAAUGAUCAACAAACAGAAUGAGCAGAUGCAUAGUCUGUUGGCAAUUGCCCUGACGCUGUACCCAAUGAGGAUUGAUGAGAGCAUCCACACUCAGCUGCGAGAGAAGUAUGGAGACAAAAUGCUGCGGAUGCAGAAAGGCGAGAUGCAGAUUUUUGAGGAGCUGUUCAGUUUUGCUUGUCCCAAGUUCCUGUCACCGGUGGUGCCAAAUUAUGACUCCGUCCAUCCCAACUACCACAAGGAGCCCUUCCUACAGCAGCUGAAAGUGUUUAUGGAUGAGGUGCAGCAACAGUCUGUACUGUCCACUAUACGUAGUUUCUUGAAGCUGUAUACCACAAUGCCUGUUGUCAAGCUGGCUGGAUUUCUCGACAUGACUGAGCAGGAGUUCCGCAUCAACCUCUUGGUCUUCAAGCACAAGAUGAAGAACCUGGUAUGGACAAGUGGGAUCUCAGCCCUGGAUGGCGAAUUUCAAUCUGCGUCUGAGGUUGACUUCUACAUUGAUAAGGACAUGAUCCACAUUGCAGACACCAAAGUGGCCCGACGAUAUGGUGACUUCUUCAUCAGGCAGAUUCACAAAUUUGAAGAGCUCAACAGAAGCUUGAAGAAAAUCAACCCCCGAUAAUGUACCUACAGCAGCAAACGGUCAACCAAAAAAGUUGCUGCUUCUCCAAGAGCACAGUGAUGGAUGGUUGCCGUGCAAGUUGUCCUGAUGUAACUAGGGCUUUUUGAUAUCUGAACGGCUAGGUGCGUUGCUUGGUUAAAUGUGGUCGAGAGAUCAGUUUUAAAAGCAUCCAAGCUCAAAAUCUACCACUUACACCUUGGUAACAAAAUCAUUUGCCUUCUGUUUUAUAAUAUAUACAGCACAUAUUCUUCGCCUACCUUUUGCUCAAUGUGAGCUGAUACAGGCAAUUUGCAGAGGAUGAUGUGAUACUGAAGAGGAAAAUUUCCAGUCUUCUGAAUUAAUUGAUACCGGAACAUUCAUAAAAGCAAAAAGCCUGCGAGUUCAGGCUGUAUGUAUUAUAAAAUAAUAACUGGUUACUGUUAUUACAAAUCCUUGGUUAAUGAUGCAUUCCUAAUUCAACUAGCACCUCACUAGUUGAAUUCACACCCUCUGGUGUUCUGUGUGAAUACAGAUAAUGAACACACACUGAAGGGUGUUGCUCCCCAUCUCUUAAAUUAAAUUUCAAGUGAAUCCGCACCUAAUGGAACGAGGUGUCACAGUCCAGUUAUUUUGGAUAAUUGGUUACAAGUUAGCUAUCUACAAAACUCCUGCCUCUGUAACUCAUCUAUGACUGAUUUCAUGUCCAUUGGCUAUCUGCAUGUGUUUGGAUAUCAGAUGUAAUACCAGGCCUUUCAAUUAAAAUGUACUUGCUGUC